GCUUCCUCAUGCAAACGGCGCCACCUCAAUGCAGGCCAUGUACUGUGAACAGCUAGGCAACCUGGAUACACAGCUGGCGCAUGUUGGGAUACAGUGGAAAUCUUAUUAUUAUUUUUUUCGUAAACCUUGCUGAACAGCUUUGACCCGGCUAUAGGCUACGCUGUGUGCUGCAAACUGUCUGCGUCAUACCCCACGUCUUUCGCCCUGCCGCCACUCCAGUAUGCCAUUGUAAACAAACGCGGGAGGGGCUGCUGUCGCUCAGCCCAACGCCAACAACACAACGGUCUACUCCUCGUAUCUUGUCAUAUACGGUGCUUUAACAGCCCGACAGGAUCUAUGAGACCUCAGACAAUUCCAUAAUCCUUAAGACAAGAGCAUAGCAUUUCCAAACGAGACAAAAGAAACAAUGUCCUUCUUGUUUGGGCGCGCAAGGUCGCGCGUCGUUGCCGACCUCCCUCGACAGGCACGGGAGAAUAUUCUCAAGUUAGACGGACCUAAUGGGUCGUCAAAGGCAGAAGAGCUAGCCCGAGUCCUGACACAAAUGAAGGUCCUGCUCCAAGGGACCCAAGAUACGGAGAGCUCCCCGGAACAAAUAUACCAGCUAGUAUCUAGCAUGAUUGAAGAAGACUUCCUCCACCUCCUCGCCGUCAAUCUUUACCGCCUACCAUUCGAAUCGCGCAAGGACGCCCAGAUUAUCUUUUCCUACGUAUUCCGAUUCCGCCCCGCAUCUGCGGCCCCGAAAAGCGAUCCUCUCGCUCUAUCAUAUGUAGUAUGCACGCGGCCGCAAGUCCUAGUCGAGCUCUGCAAAGGCUACGACCACAAGGAGAGCGCCACGCCUGCGGGCUCCGUGCUGCGCGAGCUGCUCAAGAACGAAGCUGCUGCCGCUAUUAUCCUGUACGACGAUGGAGACGAGCCCGGAUCCAGUUCCAAAGGCCUGAAUGCGAUUGAUAGAGACAGACCACAGACAGGGCGAGGCGUCCUUUGGCGCUUCUUUGACUGGAUAGACAAGAGCUCCUUUGAAGUUGCUGCAGACGCAUUCACAACCUUUAGAGAGCUAUUAACAAGGCAUAAAGACCUGGUGCCGCGCUACCUGGCGACGAAUUUCGACCUCUUCUUCGACAAGUACAACAAUAUCCUAGUCAAAUCCAACAGCUAUGUCACAAAACGACAGUCUAUUAAGCUGCUGGGCGAGAUUCUGCUAGACAGAUCAAACUACACAGUCAUGACGACAUAUGUGGACAGCGGGGAGCAUCUCAAGAUUUGCAUGAACCUGCUGCGUGACGACCGGAAGAUGGUGCAAUAUGAAGGCUUCCAUGUAUUCAAGGUCUUUGUCGCGAACCCGCAUAAGUCGAUCCCCGUGCAGAAGAUUCUACUCAUGAACCGAGAGAAGCUGCUUACCUUUCUCUCACACUUUCUCGAAGACCGCACCGACGACGAACAGUUUAUCGACGAGCGCGAGUUUCUGAUUAAACAGAUCAGAAGUAUGCCACCGAACCCCGUACCGCCUCAACGAUAAACAUUUGCUUUUCUACAAUCAUGCAUUAUUCUGUUGCACAUGCAAAAUAGCCAAGCGACUCCGUACAAUAAUAUCCUCAUCAUCAUUAUCAUCAAGCUUUAUGUAUCCAUUAUACACAUAUAUAUGCAUGUAUCGUAGUGUAUCAUGAUGUAUAUUAAAAACAACUAUCUGAACCACAAAAAUACAACGUUUCCUGAACUCCGGGCCCCAACCUGCGCCGCAAUGACAGACAAGUCUACUAUCGUUGUCUGGAAAGCAGCACGCUGACACUCUCGCGCGCGUUCUGUGUGCCCCAGACGCUCUCAUUUCCGCCACGGCGCCACUCAUCGCCGCUCGUAAUCUCACCCGAGUUGGCAGUCUCGCCAAGAAUAACCUCGAGGUCUCGCUUCUGCGAACUGAGCCAGUUCUUGACAAAGUUUGCGGGGUCCUCGGCCAGCGCCGUCAGGAAGCCGUGCUUGGCCUUGGAAACAGUCACGGCCUGGAUUACUCUGGCGAGCUGGUCGUCCAUGCCGGUGAUCUCCUUGAGCAUGUUGGAGUAUUCGGGCUUAUUGAGAAGAGCCAGCAGCUUUGCGCGGAGGGGGUCUUCGACGGCAACGCGAAUGUCGUAAAUGGUAGGCUUGGGGUCCUUGUGGAACUCCUCAUCGACGCGGACGGUGUACGGAAGGCUGAUAGGGGGAAGGGCACGGAUGUGCUGCGCGACGUAUUCGUUCAGCAGAGGGAUGUAACCAACGUCGCCACGGCCGACAAUCUAGAUUCCCAGUUAGCAAAAGUCUCCCAUUGUGGGCUGUGCUCCAGGCUCUAAAACUCACCUGUCGAAGAAUGUCAUCGCAGCGGAAGUUGCGUUUCUCUUCAUCCUCCUGUAAUCCAGCGGCUCGAAUGUACUCCCAGAGACCCAUGACGGCUUCCUGCUGUGUUGCCUCGGUCAUAUCGACGGCUGCUGCCAGCUCGGGGCUGAGAAGGUAGCGCUCAGGCAGCUCGUGUCUGAAGAGGUUAAUGGUAAUGUUGGAGUUCUCGUCGCCGCUUCGCUUGAAGGUGAAUUCGUCAAACUCGGCGCCGGGAGCCUCAGGCGCGGGCUGACCAGGACGGCCGGCAGCCUCGGGCUUCUUCCACUCGACGGCCUGUUCGGCGCCGUUUCGCGAACGGGAUCGAUCAAAGUCGACUGUGAUGGCCUUGAAGAAGUGUGAAAAGCUUGGCUUCGUGGGAGCAGCAGCAGGUGUGGGCGCUUCGGCUGCUUCGCCCUCGGCGGCUGGGGCAGCUUCGGCGGCCUUCUUCUGGUCCUCCUCGGAGUCCUCCAAGAGCGCACCUUCAAUCUUGACGCGGUAGGAUGACUCCAUGGUAGGAUUGAAAUCAAAAGCAUCUACAUUCAAGCCAUUUCCCUGCCAGACCUGAUCCUCAACAGUGUUUGUAAUCCAGAUUCGCAUCGUCUUGUACAUCUAGCACGUAAGUUAGUACUCGCGCUGCCAUCGCCACACGCAUCGCAUCAAUUUGCUUACAGCAGUUGGGCGCUGAACGCUCUCAAUCACAUCCAAACGUUUUCGGGUCAUUGUUGUGUCGAGGAGGCGCUCAAUGUUGCGCAGCUCUUCGUACUGUUGGGCCAUCUCUGGAUUGACAAUGUCGCCCUCAACGCCAUCGGGUAUGCUCUUAUCGGUCGGUUUGCGGCUUCGGCGUUUGGCCAGCUCGUUGGCCUGGGCUUGCUGCUGUUGCUGCUGUGCAAGUUGAGCCUGUGUAAUUUGGGCUUGCU